CAUUGCCAUAAGCGUUGCUCAUCUCCCCUAUAACCUCUGGUGUUAGUCCUCUGGAAAAAUGGCUGCAAGUGUGAAUGGUAUUUUUCGGAAAGAUUUGCAAGAUGCUAUUAUUCAGAGUAAAGUGUUGGUUAUCGGUGCCGGUGGAAUUGGCUGCGAAAUCCUGAAGAAUCUCGUAAUGACUGGCUUCAAAGACAUCGAAAUUCUUGAUCUGGAUACAAUUGAUGUCAGCAAUUUGAAUCGACAGUUUUUGUUCCAAAAACAACACGUGGGGAAGUCCAAAUCUGCGGUGGCACGUGAGACUGCAUUGACAUUCAAUCCGGAUGUGAAAAUUGUCUCUUACCAUGAUAACAUCACAUCCUCGGACUACGGCCUCUCCUUCUUCAAACGAUUCUCGCUUGUGAUGAAUGCUCUAGACAACCGUGCAGCACGCAAUCACGUGAACCGAAUGUGUCUAGCCGCAGACAUUCCCUUAAUUGAGUCAGGUACCGCGGGUUACGACGGUCAAGUGGAAUUAAUAAAGAAAGGCCUGAGCGUCUGCUAUGAGUGCUUACCAAAGCCAACGCAGAAGACAUUCCCAGGUUGUACAAUAAGAAAUACUCCAAGCGAACCAAUUCACUGCAUUGUGUGGUCCAAGCACCUCUUCAAUCAGCUGUUUGGUGAAGAGGAUCCAGAUCAGGAUGUAUCACCGGACACAGCUGAUCCAGAAGCAGCGGGUGAUAAAGCAGGUGAGGGUGCACUGAACUCAGACUCCAAUGAGAAAGGCAACAUCGAGAGAGUCUCCACACGGCUCUGGGCACAGUCCUCCGAUUACGAUCCUGAGAAGCUCUUCAACAAGCUUUUCCAUGACGACAUAAAGUACCUCCUUUCCAUGGACAAUCUCUGGAAGAAACGAAGACCACCGACUCCCCUUGAUUGGAAAAAUUUGCCUGACGUUGUGGCUGGAUGCAGCAAAGAAAACAACGAUGACACAUGCCUCAAGGAGCAGCAGAAGUGGAGUAUCGCAAAGUGUGCUGACGUAUUCUCCAACGCUGUACACAAUCUCAAAACCAAUUUAUCAAAAUUGAGGGAAAAAUCACCGAACGAUCAUCUCGUUUGGGACAAGGACGAUCAAGACGCCAUGGAUUUUGUUGCGGCCUGCGCCAAUAUCCGAGCCCACAUCUUCGGCAUCUCCCAGAAAUCAAGAUUCGACGUUAAAUCAAUGGCUGGAAAUAUAAUUCCAGCCAUAGCAACCACCAAUGCUAUUGUCGCUGGAAUUGUAAUUCUACACGCAUUCCGUAUUCUCAGGGGAUUAUUCGAGGAAUGUAAAUCCGUUUACCUCAGGCCAAGACCCAAUCACAGGGGCCAAUUACUUGUACCUGAGAAGUGUCUCAAUCCACCGAAUCCAAAGUGCUACGUUUGUGCCCCCACACCAUCAGCUGCUCUUGCCGUUGACACGACCAAGAUGACAAUUGCUGAGUUGGACGAAAUUGUUCUCAAGGGACGUCUCAACAUGAUUCAACCUGAUGUUAUGAUUGACGGCAAGGGAGUGGUUUUGAUAAGCUCGGAAGAGGGUGAGACUGAGGAGAAUAAUGGAAAAAUUCUGGAGGAGCUUGGGGUCCGGGAUGGAACGAUUCUCAAGGUCGAUGAUUUUCAACAGAAUUACUCCCUCACUGUUACUGUCGUCCACAGGGAAAAGCCCACAGGGAGGGCUGAGGGUGAUGAUUUUCUCAUUGUGGCUGAUGAGAUGGAUUUGAAACCCAAGGAGGAGGUGAAGAGGGAGGCGGCACCUUCCACGUCCAAUGGACAGGUCGACGAAUCUGAUGAGGAGGAUUGCGUCGAGGUUGAGGUCGAGGUUGAAACACCUGGAGAGGUCGUUGCGAAGAAGAGAAAGACUGGAUCCAUUGAAAAAGAGGUACCAAGCCCCAAGAAACGGAGGACUGACAGCCAGGGGGACGAUGACUGCUGCAUUGUUGCGGAGGGUGAAAAAUCUUCAGGGAAGAAAGCACACAAGAGAGCUAUCGCUAAUGACGAUGAAUGCCUCAUUGUCUUUGAUGAGGGAAAGGACAUUUCUGUAUCCCCUAAGAAGAAAAUCAAUCCUGCUAAUUGAAAAAAUAUCAGUUUGAUGUGAUGGGCCAGCGGAAAAAGCCGAAUCCGCUGCACCCCAGGAAGAGAAAUUUUUCAAUUAAAAACCAAGGGAUUUUUUUUUUCAAUUUCUUUCUCGUGAAUAAUAUAAAAAUAUUUUUUUUUGUUUAUGAUAUCCAAUAAAAUUUUGAGGAAAGGGGAAUUGGUAUUGUUCGAGUGAAAUUCGUCUCAACAUGAUUCAAAAAGCCGAAUCCGCUGCACCCCAGGAAGAGAAAUUCUUCA